UAUUACUCUGAGUUACUGAUCUAUGAAUUUUUCCUUAUCGUCGUACUUAUCACACCUUUUCUUCUAGAACAUCGUUCCUCUCACCAACAGCUCGGCUCUGACUGUGUUUUUUCCUACUUGUUGAAUAGCACCACCCUUCCCACUGUGUGGAUUGCUCAGUGUUCAAGGUUCAGGAAGAUAACGAGAGGUGAGUGGCUGACGCAGAGCUUGUGUUAUGUUACCAAAGGAUCAUAUUACCGGAGACGACAGGUUGGCUGAAACUAUAGCUGCCUUCAGACCGCUGUGACCUGAAGCAAAACAGGAACUGGGACUAAUAAAAGGAGUUUUAAAGAAGAUUUCCACAGCUGACAGACUACUUCCUGUUGUUUGAGGACGAGAGUUACCAUGGGUGAGAAGAUACAACAGUCGCUGCUGGUAAUUUUGCUGUGUUUGUCAGGGUUUGUUCCCCGUUCUGCUGCCUUUGUGUUUUGGACCGCCUUGGUGGAAACACGCUAUUUUCUCAGCAGUAAUGACACCAUGCCAAAGUACUGUGAGUGUGGGUUGUAUGGCCGUAACUCUCCUCUGGAAAAAGCCUCAGGCAUUGUGAUGGUUCCCAAAGGAGAUCCCAUGGGCUGUGGCCCAGAAGCUGUCUACAGCCAGAACUCCAGCUCUGAACCGUGGAUCGCACUGGUGAAAAGGGGCAACUGCACCUUCAGCGAGAAGAUCAACGCCGCCAAACGCCAAGGAGCCGCUGCCGUGGUGGUGUACAACGUGGAUAGCAGUGGAAAUGGCACCACUCAGAUGUCUCAUUCAGAAGCAGAUGAAACCGUUGCUAUCAUGAUUGGGAACAUUCAAGGCACAGAGAUCGCCAGGUCAGUGAAAAACGGGACUGUCAUCUAUAUGGUCAUUGAUGUGGGCAGUCCUCACGGGCCGUGGAUGGACACAUACUGGCUGUACUUUCUCUCUAUUGCCUUCUUCAUCGUCACAGCUGCCUCAAUUGCCUACUUAGUGUUCAUCUCUGCAAACCGUCUCUUCAGCCUAAGCAGACACAGGCGCACUGAGAAGAGGCUGAAAUCUGAGGCCAAAAAGGCCAUUGGGCGCCUUGAGGUGCACAAACUGAAACGAGGGGAUGAACUCACUUCCUCUGACUCUAUGUGUGCCGUCUGCAUUGAAUCCUACAAGGGGGGCGAGGUGGUGACGGUGCUAACCUGUGACCACAUCUUCCACAAGGCCUGCAUCGAACCCUGGUUGCUGGAGAGGAGGACCUGCCCCAUGUGCAAAUGCGACAUCCUGAAGGCCCUGGGAGUCGAGGAAGAUGACAAAGUCAGUAUGUCUAUGAAUUCUCCACCAGAGGUCACUGUGAUCACAGUGGCAGGAGGAGACACCCUGUAUGAAGUCCCACUGAACGGGCCCAUGAGCCUCGAACCAGAGCAAGAGUACCAUCACUAUGACAACAGGGCCUUUGAGGAAGACUCAGAGGCUGCUAGAGGGUGAACAAUAGGAGGAACAAAACAACGCACAAUAACAACUCUAACCCUUUACACCGAAUCAGGACAGUGGAAUCAAGGUUCCAAUCAAAAACAAAUUAUGUUCCAAUGCAGACAUGCUUAAAAAAGGGAAAUUUUGAGUCAAGAAUGAAUUGUUUGUAAUUAGUUUAGAGUUACUUCAAUUUGUUGGUAAUAAUUCAUAAAUAGCAAGUGUAUUCUCAGAUUUAUCUUUAGACAAUUAAGAAAACCAGCAAGUUGCAGAGUGACACCAGUGUCAAUUUUCUUCUUUGCAUAGCCAGCAAAGGCAUUGUUUAUGGACUUAAAGUGGGAUUUGAAUAUCUGUCUGCUGUUGGAGCCAAAUUUCUUCCUGUAGCUUGUGUCACUUUCUGCAGCUUUUCACCGAUUCCUUAUGAGCAAAACAAAUGUGUGCUCAUCAACAUACAUAUUGUUUUCCUGUCUUUCGGUCUCAGUGUAGGCCAUAACAGCCAGGUUAUGCAUGUUAAAACUGGAUUGGAUUUUUCCAUUUUCAUUUUAGCUGCAGGGCUUUUUUUUUACAUACAUGCCCUCAUGACCACACCUUCAACUGGAACAGCAGGAAGACUUGAAUUGUACUGCCACACGCAAAUAAAAUCUCCUGAAGGACUGUGGAGCUUUAGAAAUGUUCAUGCUGGAACUGGCUUAUGCCUUAUAUGGCAGUGAAAUGAAUGUCAUCAAGACUUUAGAUGAACUUAUAUAAUUGUUUUCUUGGAUAGUGGGGAAAUAAUGCAUUCUUGUUCUUUAAAUAUAUAUAUUUAGACCUGGUUAUAAUUUAUAAAGUUAUUUUUGUUAAAUAAGAUGAAGCAAAAUGUUUGUAUAAUCUUUCACAGAUUUCCAAGCACAAAUUCUCUGUCUUCCUGGUUUUCAUUUGACUUCUGAAAAUGUGUCUGGUUCAUCUGGUCUACCUCUGACUGAGCUAUUGAUGUGAUUAACUGAGAAGAUGUUUUUUUAUUCCAACAUUAGCAUGUUUCACUGUAAAUGACGGAUCUGUUUCCUUUCUAUAACUGGUGAGGAUGUGCUGAAAACGGUACUUAAUAGCCCUUCUCUAUUGCUGAUUUAUUUCCACGGGUGUUUUACAGAUUCCAGGAGUCUUAAAUUGAAAUAUAAAAAACAAAUAUUACUUCUGUAUUAAAUCACAUUGAUGUUUAUUGGAAUUCAAUAAAUCCCUCAAAAUGAGGCCAACUCUAAA